CAGGAAAACGAUGGUAAAUUUACUCCACUCCAGUUGCUAGGAAUGGCCCGGGGUGUGGCGUCUGGAAUGAAGUAUCUUUCUGAAAUGAGCUACAUCCAUAGGGAUUUGGCAGCCAGGAAUAUUUUAGUAAAUGAUGACAUGGUUUGCAAGGUUGCUGAUUUUGGAAUGAGCAGAGAAUUGAGCGAGGAAGAUACAUAUAACACAACGGGUGGCAAGAUCCCUGUUCGAUGGACAGCACCGGAAGCAAUCCAGUUUAAGAAAUUCACCAUUGCCUCGGAUGUUUGGAGUUAUGGUAUCCUGCUUUGGGAGAUAAUGUCAUACGGAGAAAGGCCAUAUUGGGACUGGGGCAAUUAUGAGGUGCUUGAACGUCUGGCUUCUGGCUACAGACUUCCUCCACCAAUGAGCUGCCCUAAAGUUGUGCACGAUCUUAUGUUAUCUUGCUGGCACAAAGAUCGCGUGAAAAGACCAAAAUUUAAGGACAUUCGUGGCACGAUUGAUAAGUGGAUCCGCAGUCCGGAAUUGCUGAAACACGAGGAAUCGGUUGUGACAAGGCGGUAUGUUGCAAUUAAUAUCCUUUCAAUAUACAAGAAAACUAUGAAAAAAAUCUUUUGGUGGUACAAAACUUUUUUCGCAACCAUCUUGUGUACUUCUUUUAAAAGAAUCAAGCAGAGGAAUUUUUUUGAAAAGUUUCACGUUAUAUUCGUGCUUGAACGUCUGGCUUCUGGCUACAGACUUCCUCCGCCAAUGAGCUGCCCUAAAGUUGUGCACGAUCUUAUGUUAUCUUGCUGGCACAAAGAUCGCGUUAAAAGACCAAAAUUUAAGGACAUUCGUGGCACGAUUGAUAAGUGGAUCCGGAGUCCGGAGUUGCUGAAACACGAGGAAUCGGUUGUGACAAGGCGUGACACUAAUUUGGAUUACGCGUCAAUGAAGACCUUAAAAGAAUGGCUUGAUUCGAUUGGGAUGUCGCGAUACAUCGAGAACUUCACUGAAAAGGGCCUAGUCACACCCCUCCAGAUCUUAGAGCUCACGGAUCCAGAUCUGAAAGAUAUAGGAAUUGAAGCUGUUGGCCACCGAAACAAAAUUAUGAAGAACAUCAAUUUGACGAAAGGCCAGUUGAUUAGAACAAAAUCCAUGGCAAUCUAAGCGCUGUGAGGCAAGUUGCUUUUAUUAGAAAUUACAUCGAAAACUUCAUUACAUCACUCUAAUGUCCAUGACAGUAGUUUGUCAUGAUGUCAUAAUAAGUAUUUGACCAAUUUUCGAGGACUAUCUAGUUUGACUUGUUUAUGUAUUGCCCUUGAUUGUAUAGAUGCAUUUCUUCGAAAGACAUUUUUGAUGUGACGUUUUUAUAUUAGAAGUAUUGAAUUGUUUGGAGAACGUAGGUAGAGCAUUCUGCACCAUAGAAGACAUUCCAAGUUAUCUUGUAAGCUGUUGUUGUGGUUUUCUUUCAUAAGUUGUUGUGCAUAGGUUGAAUGUUUUAUUUAAAGGCAUUGAGUCAUGAUAAAAUUGAUUGGGUAUACCCAAAGUGCCAAAAUCCGCUGAGUCACGAUUUUUAUGACUGCGAUGCUAUUGGUUGACCUUAAACUGGUCACAUGAACUCACCUCGUACUGAUUGACAAAACAGUUUCCAUCAAUAGCAAGUUGUCAUUAACGGAUGCCAAUAUCACGUGAACAGCAACAAUCACGCUGAAACCAAAUGAACCCCUAUAUAGAAGGCCUUUUUGCCAUGACUCAAUGUCUUUAACAAGAAGGUACUGACCUGUAUUGAGUAGAAAUCCUUAUUCAAGGUCACCUUGCGGCGUCAUACAGUGAAAUUUGACUGUUUUUAUCAUUUCAUAUAAGUGAGUCAUCUGCUUAUUUAAGCGUGAUACAACUCACCUUCUUGGUUAAAGACUUUCUGCAACUAAUUAGACACGUAUUUUUGUUGAUGUCGUUCAUUAUGUGGUCUUCAUUUUCAUUUUUUUGUCCUGUGUGUAUGUAUAAAGAGACAUCUCACUGCAUAAAUACACUCGAUCGUAGCCAAGGGACAUUAACAUCUUUCUCUCCUCCUGCCAGCAUAAACAGACACUUAUUCUGCUUCAAUGAUAUAGCACAACUCACAUUAAUAGCUGGAUUGUCUUUCAAAAAGUAGUAUCGAAAUUCUUGCGAUCUGUAUGUACAGUGUAUUUUUCAAAUUAAUUUUCUUAUUACAGUUAAGAUUAGAGUUUCCGUAAGGUAGAUUCAUUUUUAGUCACCGAUUAGUAACAGUUAUCGAUCUUAGCAAAAAAGGCUUCUAGGUUUAACGUCUAAAUAUUUAAAAUCACCAAAUCUUUAAUGAAAUGAGAGGUGAAAGAUGUUGGCGUUGCCUUGUUCAAGAAUCGAUAAAACGAAAUGUAGAAAUCAGUUGCAUCUUAUUAUUACAAAGAACCUACAAAAGCAUUUUCGCGUAGAACCUUUUAAUUUUGAAGCCUUAGCAUUUGCCACUUAAUAUGUGCAUAGUUGCAUUCUGGUAUAACUUAGAUGGUUUUGAAACAGUGAUGAAUAAAUGCCCAAGUGCAUGAGGUAUGAAUUUAGGAGUUUGUAUAUCAGUUACUUUUUGACAUGAAGCUAUUUUGUUUAUUAAGAUAUUCCUGAUUGAUCUUUCUUGUAAAUAUCUUUUACUAGUCGAAACCAUUUUUUAAACCGUAUAUAAUGAUAAUUACAGAUAAAUAACUAUUUGAUAACGAAAUCCAGCUGAAUAGUUUCUUGAAUGUCCGAGAGAAAAUAGUCGUUAUACGUGAAUAAGUGUAGUAUUAAAUUUAACUCAGGCUGUAUUCAGUCUGGCAGAAGCAGAAUAAUGAAAGGGAUUCCUAGACCUGGUAGAUCUGAAGUCCGCGAUUUUACCGAUACGUAGGUCUUGGAGAUGCUACUUAAAGCGUGCUUGAUGUAGUGGUGUCUAGAUAUCCUAUUUCGUUGACUUAUUUGCCAAACUUUUCAAACUUCGUUGCCUCACUUUACAAACCCACUCUCACAUUAAAGGCCUACAUCUAAACUGUUCGCAUUGACAUCAUAUCAUCUUUCUUCCUGUUCUUAUACAUGUUUAUGUAUAUGUUUAAGGCUAAAACAGUAUAUCUUAGAAUUACCACCAUGAGUAACAAAGUUUUGAUAUUUUCAUUUUUUCCGAACCAUCAGAAUUUUCUCAUCUAAAUAAGCUCUUAAAAUAAUUAGUAUCUGUAAUAUUUUUUAAGUAAUUAAAUAGUAUUUAAAUAGUAAUUAAAAUAAUUUUGUUCAUAGAAAGUUUUUUCCAUAAUAGAUAUCUCUUUUUUGAGUGACCCAAUUUUGAAAAAAGUACAGUUACAGGUUUUCCAAAGUUGUAAAUUUUUCCAGUGAUUUUUUAGCUAAAAAUCAAACUCAUUGUCUUAACAGAACUUAACUAUGUAUGCAGCCUUAUUAUUGAGUCUUGUUUU